AUGACACCGGACAUGGAAGCCGCGGGUCGCGCAACCCAUACGAAUGGGUUUGCCGACGUCGCAAAGACCACCAACACCACUGGCAAUCCCUACGAAACCAAUCCAGACAAUAUUCCGCGUGACGACCCAUUCCUAGCAAAAAGCGCAAACUAUGGCCGAUACACCCCGCACCCUGACGAUUUCACCCCCCGCUACAAGGAUUGGUACCACUCUGACCCCGACGCAAAUGCCUUCUGGGUUGGAGUUGCGGAGAAAUUCUGCACCCCGGAGAACUCACUCAACAUCAAGGGACCCAGAGAGGGAUUCGCUGCAGGCAGCGUCAUCAUUUGGGUUGACCGCGAGUCCGCGGACGGCGCAGCGGCAGAGUGGUUCUCUUGUGUCAAUGCCAAUGAAUUGUCUGCAGCACGAAAGGUCGAGGAGGCACUCAGGGAGAUUGGUGUUGCGGUUCCAGUGACAUAUUUUUGCGGGACAAUCGAAGGCCGGAACGUGACAAUCGAAUCUCGCAUCCCUGGAGUCUCGCUUGAAGUCGCAGAGCGGUACCUCACCACGAAACAAAUCAACAUCUUUAAGGCCCAGACGCGUCAGAUCAUACAUGUUCUCGCCUGCGUCGACCCCUCCCCCCAAGAGCCAACCUACGUUUGUCGUGGACUCAACUCCCAGAAUCCGCCUCCCGGCCAGGAAAAAGAACGGGCCAUACUCUUCGCCGAGAGAACAGAAAAUGAGGAUCUGUGUUUUAUUCACAACGAUUUGGUACCGGCGCAAAUAAUUGUGAAGGAUGACAGGGUUGUGGGCGUUACUGGUUGGCGACAAAGUGGAUAUUUUGGCCUCGAGAGAGCCAAGCAGGUACACCGGUCAUCAAGGAACACCGAUUUCCCCAAGCAGACGAGCGGAAAGAGUGCGACGUGGUUAGAUCUCUACACCCACACUUACGUUCCGAGCCGCCGUCCACCCCCGCUGGUCGCAAACAAAGAUACCCCCCUUCCAUCCGUCAAAACCGAACCAGUCGGCGAUGAUUUUGAAACAAAAUCUUUUGGGAGUGAUCUGCCAAGUGAGUGGCCAACCUCGAAGGCUCUUGCCAAUCUUAGGAAUGGUGGAGCUUCCCGGGCAUCAUCAUCCGAUCGCACCUCUCCAGCAAAUUCGGUGAAGCCCUCGAACAAAAAGCCAGCUUCAAAGAAGAAGCCGGCACCCAAGCGCAGGGCGAAUGACCUGGACGCAGAGAGUCUGGAUGAACGCCGAUCGAACACCCCUGCAUCCCGCACAAGCAAAACCCCUGGUAGAAAGCAGGAUUCUGUAUCGAUUGCAGGAUCACCCGCACCCGAAGAAAAGAGGAAGACUAAAAAGCGCCCCCGGCGGCUUGCUGACGACGACGAUGAAGAGUCAGAUGAAAAUGCCCUCUUCUGUAUCUGCCGACGACCUGAUAACCACACAUGGAUGAUUGGGUGUGAUGGUGGAUGCGAGGAUUGGUUCCACGGCAAAUGUGUCGAUAUCGAUGCUCGAGACUCUGAAUUGAUCGAUAAGUACAUCUGCCCAAACUGCAGCCAGAAUGGCAAAGGUUGCACCACGUGGAAACCAAUGUGUCGUCUCCUUGAAUGCCGCAAACCAGCACGUGUUGCUCGCAAAAGCAAAUACUGCUCUGAUGAGCACGGCCAUGAAUUUAUGCGUCGUCAAGUUUGCAACCUCAAACUGGCACCCGAGAGGAAAGGGCAGGAGGAUCUCGGUAGCAUGGGCGGCAUUCUCACACCUGGCGACCUCCGAGCAGCGAUUCUAGGGGUCUCAUCUGUCGCAGAGUUCAGGAAGCUGGGCGAUAAAAUUCUGUCGCAUUCACCAGAGUCUAUCAGCGACGAUAUUCCCAAUGGCGACAUGGAAGUGGAAUCAACCGAGAACAAACAGAAUCUGGAUAUCGAAUCUCACAAUGUGGAAUAUUCAGCCGAUGAAGCAGCUAAGGUCGAAAAGAUCCGGAAACGACGAGAUGACCUCCUGCAUCGCAAGGAAAUGCUUGCUGCUCGUGCAUCAUUUGUGAAUCUUUUGCGCCAAAGAUCUAAGGGACUGGUAGAAAGGUUGAAGAAACUUGAGCCGAAAAGCGGGUGGAAGGACAUCUGCGGAUUUGACAUGCGGCUCGCGUGGUCCGACGAGGAGUUCGAUGACUGGCGAUUGUCCGAAGCUGGCAAACUCGCACUCAAGGAAGGGACAGCUGAGGCCAUGGCUUCUAGCUACCCCGACAACGACGAACCCAUGGGCGGCACGGAUGAAGAUGAAAUAAGCUUCCUGACCCGCGGUGUCUGCACCAAGAAACGCUGCGAGAGACACAAGCAAUGGGUUAAGGUGCAGCAGCAGGACAUUCUAUUUGAAGAAGAAACUGUCAAGCGAGAUCUUGCCAAGGCUGCGAUGGAUGCACGCACUGUCGCCGAGAGUGCUGUCUUGAGAAAGUGGGCCCAAACUGAAAAUGUGCCAGCGACUAUCAAGUAG